AUGUCUUCGAUCCGGCUAGCCCUCCGCUCCGUGCGACCUUCAAUGACCUUCACCCGGUCCAUGUGCAGCACUGGUCGCCGUCUCGCCGGCCCAGGAAACGCCCAAGAGCACGAGGGAACAGCAGAGCACCGCAAGAUCCAAACGGAGAAGAAGCUCAACCCGCACAUGACAAACACCACCUCGACAAUCGCGAACGAGAUGCCAUCUGUCGGGGCGCGGAAAGCUCCCCCCGAGUUCCUCAGCUCAGUCGAGCCGGACUUUGUGCCCAAAGACUCCGUCCCCGAGAACACGAAGCGGAUGACAGGGGGGACGCAAGGGGAGCCGCAGAGCGGGGAGAAUGCCGAUAUGGAGGUUGGAGAGAUGGAGGGGGCGAAGUUCAAGGUUGAACCUUUGAGGAGGAUGGGGGAGGACCCGAAUACUAUGCGGGCGAGGUUGUUAUACCAAUGCCGGAAGAGAGGGACGCUCGAGAGUGAUCUCCUCAUGUCGACAUUCGCCGAAUCCCAUUUGAGAGAAAUGACGCCCGCGCAGAUGGCACAGCUGGAUAUUUUCCUGGACGAGAAUGACUGGGAUAUCUACUACUGGGCUACUCAAGAGCCGACGCCUACUUCACAAGAGACUGCCGAGGGCGCGGGACAGGGCCCACAGGGUGCAACAGCCAAUGCUGCAGGCACGAAUGUUAAGCCCGUGGCGCCGCAAAAGGGGGAGUGGGCGCAGACUGUCGGAACGUUCAAGCCUGCGUACAGACCUGUGCCGGCUAGGUGGAAGAAUAGCGAGAUCUUGGCGAUGCUGAGACGACACGUUAUCUCGAGGUCAGCGGGAGGUGUGCACGAGGCCGAAGCUGGCGUGAAAGGUGACGGACUGGCUCAGGGGGUUCGUGGAACUGGUGGUAUGGCUUUUAUGCCUCCUGUAUUCAACACCCAUCAGUAG